GAUGGAUCUGACUCCGAUAGGAAAAGCGUGUAUCUAGAAGUGGUGCUAAUGGGAAGAGAUUUCCGAGCUCCAGAGGACGAUGAUUUGUCACAGAGGGUAGCUGGCUCGGUGCUUUGGGCUGGAGCCGUGUAGGAGAUCCUUGGAGAAGUCAUUGUGCACAGAAAACCGAAGACCUGUACAAACAUGCCUGUUCGCAGAGGUCAUGUGGCACCACAAAAUACAUUUUUGGGUACAAUCAUACGAAAAUUUGAAGGGCAAAAUAAAAAAUUCAUCAUUGCUAAUGCUAGAGUGCAGAAUUGUGCUAUUAUCUACUGCAAUGAUGGGUUCUGUGAGAUGACCGGGUUCUCCAGGCCAGAUGUCAUGCAGAAACCUUGCACCUGCGAUUUUCUUCAUGGGCCAGAGACCAAAAGACAUCACAUUGCCCAAAUUGCUCAAGCACUGCUGGGGUCAGAGGAGAGGAAAGUAGAAGUCACCUAUUAUCACAAAGAUGGAUCUACCUUCAUUUGCAACACCCACAUAAUACCAGUGAAAAAUCAAGAGGGAGUAGCAAUGAUGUUUAUUAUUAACUUUGAGUAUGUAACAGAUGAAGAGAAUGUGGCAUCUCCCGAGAAGUGCAAGCCAAUAUUGCCAUCCAAACUUGUAAAUCAUGGUAACAACCUUUCAAGAGGCUCUUCUUCAGGCAGACUUUUUGGGUUCCGGUUACCUGGACUGAGGCUUUUAACCUACAGAAAGCAGUCCUUACCACAAGAAGACCCUGAUGCAGUGAUAAUCGAUUCAUCUAAGCACAGUGGUGACUCAGUGGCUAUGAAGCACUUUAAAUCACCUACAAAAGAAAGCUGUAGUCCUUCAGAAGUGGAUGAUACAAAAGCACUGAUUCAACCCAGCAAAUGUUCGCCUUUGGUUAAUAUAUCAGGACCUCUUGACCAUUCAUCACCUAAACAGCAAUGGGAUAGACUUUACCCUGACAUGAUACAGACAAGCAACCCACUAACCCAUUCCAGAUCAAGGGAAAGCAUUUGUAGUAUACGGAGAGCAUCUUCAGUACAUGACAUAGAAGGCUUUAGCACCCAUCCCAAGAAUGUUUUUAGGGACCGUCACGCAAGCGAAGUUUCACGUUCCUGGAUGGCAGGGGGGCCUUUUAAUCAUAUCAAGUCAAGUCUGUUGGGAUCCACAUCGGAUUCAAAUCUCAACAAAUACAGUACAAUAAACAAAAUUCCUCAACUCACACUGAACUUUUCAGAUAUCAAAAGUGAAAAAAAAUCUACAUCUCCUCCUUCUUCAGAGAAAGCAAUUAUUGCCCCUAAGGUGAAAGACCGAACGCACAACGUAACAGAGAAGGUUACCCAGGUUCUAUCCUUAGGGGCUGAUGUUCUACCAGAAUAUAAACUCCAGACACCUCGCAUCAACAAGUUUACUAUAUUGCACUAUAGUCCUUUCAAAGCUGUCUGGGACUGGCUCAUCCUGUUGCUGGUGAUAUACACGGCCAUAUUCACCCCUUACUCUGCUGCCUUCCUUCUGAAUGAUAGUGAGGAACGGAAGAGGAGAGAGUGUGGAUAUUCUUGCAGCCCACUGAAUGUCGUAGACUUAAUUGUGGAUAUUAUGUUUAUCAUUGACAUUCUAAUAAACUUCAGAACAACAUAUGUAAACCAGAAUGAAGAAGUGGUAAGUGAUCCAGCAAAAAUAGCAAUUCAUUACUUCAAAGGCUGGUUCCUAAUUGACAUGGUUGCUGCAAUACCUUUUGACCUGCUGAUUUUUGGCUCUGGCUCUGAAGAGACAACCACAUUAAUAGGUCUUCUGAAGACAGCUAGACUGCUGCGUUUGGUGAGGGUAGCACGGAAAUUGGACAGAUAUUCAGAAUAUGGUGCUGCAGUUCUGAUGCUCCUUAUGUGCAUAUUUGCUCUAAUUGCACACUGGCUUGCUUGCAUUUGGUAUGCCAUUGGAAACGUAGAAAGACCUUACUUGGCUCACAAGAUUGGUUGGUUGGAUUCUUUAGGAGAACAAUUAGGAAAGCAUUACAAUAAGAGUGAUGCAAGCUCUGGACCAUCCAUCAAGGACAAAUAUGUUACAGCACUUUAUUUUACCUUCAGCAGUCUUACAAGUGUAGGAUUUGGAAAUGUGUCUCCAAACACCAACUCAGAGAAAAUCUUUUCCAUCUGUGUCAUGUUGAUUGGCUCAUUAAUGUACGCUAGUAUUUUUGGAAACGUGUCUGCAAUAAUCCAAAGACUCUACUCGGGAACUGCUCGGUAUCACAUGCAGAUGCUGCGAGUGAAGGAGUUCAUACGCUUCCACCAGAUCCCCAACCCCCUGCGGCAGAGACUUGAGGAGUACUUCCAGCACGCGUGGACAUACACCAAUGGCAUUGACAUGAACAUGGUCCUGAAGGGUUUUCCAGAAUGCUUACAAGCUGACAUUUGUCUGCACCUCAACCAAAAUUUGCUUCAGAAUUGCAAAGCUUUCCAGGGGGCCAGUAAAGGCUGCCUUCGAGCUUUGGCUAUGAAAUUUAAGACAACACAUGCACCUCCUGGAGACACUUUAGUGCACUGUGGAGAUGUUCUCACAGCUCUAUACUUUGUGUCAAGAGGCUCCAUUGAAAUCCUGAAGAGUGACAUUGUUGUAGCCAUUCUUGGGAAAAAUGAUAUUUUUGGAGAGAUGGUACAUCUUUAUGCAAAACCAGGAAAGUCAAAUGCUGAUGUGAGAGCUUUAACUUACUGUGAUUUGCAUAAGAUCCAGCGAGAAGAUCUACUAGAAGUUCUGGACAUGUACCCCGAAUUUUCUGAUCUCUUCCUCACCAAUCUAGAACUUACUUUUAAUCUGAGAGAUGAAACUGCAAAGUCUGACCUCGUAAUAAGAUCACAAACUACUAAUGGGACGGAUGGAGAUAACUGCAAACUACGAAGACGGAAAUUGUCCUUUCAAAGUGAAAUAGAGAAAGAUUAUUUCAAAGAGAAUGAUCAGAGUGAUCCUGAACCCUCAGGUGACACCAUCAGAUACUAUCAAUCUUUUAAGAAACACUUUGAGGAGAAAAAAAGUGGGUCAUCAUCUUUUGUGUCCUCCACCGAAGAUGAGCAAAAGCCGCUGUUCUCUGGGAUAGCCGAUUACCCAUCUAUGGCAGAGAAAACCACAGAGGUGGAGUUUGAGGAAAUGGUUCAUGCUCCAGAUGACAAAAGAAGCAAUUCUUCCAAAGAUAUCACUGAUAAAAGAGACUGGGAACAGGAGAACAUCCAGGAGUACCAGGACUCCCCGGCUCCGUCAGCAUUACCCCAUGUCACGUGGGGCAUCUGUGAAACUGAAAGUGACUUUAUAUAUGGGGAAGUGGAGAAUCGAUUAGAUUUACUUCAAGAGCAACUCAACAGGCUUGAAUCCCAAAUGACUGCUGACAUCCAAACCAUCCUGCAGCUUCUGCAAAGGCAGUCAACGCUCAUCCCACCUGCCUAUAGCAUGGUGGCUGCAGGUGCAGAGUAUCAGCAGCCAGCAAUCCGGGUGAUACAAAAGCUUCAGCCUGCAGCAUCGAUUAAAACAGACAGAACUUUCAGUCCUUCAUCUCAGUGUCCUGAAUUUCUAGACCUUGAAAAAUCAAAACUUAAAUCCAAAGAAUCCCUCUCAAGUGGAGUGCAUCUUAACACAGCCUCAGAAGACAACCUGGCUUCUUUAUUAGAUCAAGAACAUGACCGGUCUGUAGAGUGUCCCCCACAGCGUUGUAAAACUUAUCUCCAGCCAAUUAGGCACCCUUCCUUGCCAGAAUCUUCACUAAGCACUGUAGGAAUCUUGAGUCUUCAUAGGCAUGUUUCUGAUCCUGGUCUUCCUGGGAAAUAAUACUUUUAUACUAUUACUUCACAUAAAAAUCUAAGUGCUUUUAAUGGCUGGGGUUUUUUUCCUUUUUUUAUUUAAUUCCUCUAUACUUGACUCAGGGGCUACAAGGAAUAUACCAUUAUAUGCAAAAGUACUGUAUAUUUUCCUAAAUCCGAAGCUUGCAAGGUAAAGUUGAGCAGUUCUGAUGUAAAUAUAUAUAUACACACACACACUAAUUGUAUGUUCCAAAUGUAAAACUGCCAGCAUUCUCAAGGCACCUUAUAUUUUUAAUUUUUUUUAAUAACAUGCAUGUUCUGAAAUUACAGUUUACAUUGCAUGGAGAUUACCAUUUACUGCUGUCAUGGAAAUAGUAUUUUAUCGUGGACAUGUCUUCAGACAAAUAGGAGACAAAUAACAAUAAUUCACAUAGAAAAAAUUCCUACCUGACCACACUAAAAUCCAAGCAAAAUUUUUUUCUAGUUCACUUUGGAAAAUUGAUAUACCUUUCUUGUAGUGAGCUUUUCACAAUAAAUCACAGUGAUUGAGAAUCUAGAGAAAGAGUAAGGUAACCAAGUCUUCUGGGUUUCAAAAAAUUAGGACAGAGAAACCAGCCUCCUUCCAAACCAGCUGAAGUGGGGCUGUAUUUUAAGACAGGAAAACUUAGCCCCAUGCUGGAAAGUAUCACCAUAGGUUGCUUCCACAAAACUGCAUUAAUUGAAUAAUUUGUUUCCAGCACUUUUAGAAAACAA